AUGUCCCCAGCUGUCACGCGCGGGACAGCAGCAACCGCUACAAGUGCUUCUCCCGUCACUCCCACCAUCGAGGCCAUUUCCCCAUUCAAGACCCGCAGAGAUACCGCUACACCAGAAGGCGACCGUCGCUCUUCCACCGCAUCUGCCUCUCGUGAACCUUUCGUGCCGAGACGCAAACCGACCAAGCCUUCACCUUACGCAUACCUCAUCACGGAAGCCAACGACAGCGCUGAUUCUCUGCACAACUUCGAGCCCAGCGCGGCGGUAAGCACUGCACAGACCCUCAACGUCCCCCCUCGUCCCGUUCGUCCAGCCUCUGCUCUCGACAUCACUUCGCACGCAUCGCCGUUCUCUGCCACCUCCCUCGAAGUCGCCAGUCCACGCAGUCCGCAGCCCAGAGCACCACCCUCGCCACUUCGCAACACAGCGGCUCGCAACACUCGGUCCACGUCACGCAACCUUGGCUCGCUCUCCGUGGAAAAAUCGUCGUUCAGCACAUCGAGCUCUGCCGCCACAACACCCGUGCUCCAAACCCGUUCAGCCUUCAUCACACCCGCCUCCCGAGCACAGACCCCACAACCUCAUCCUCGACCUCGAUCCCAUACACCGACCAGCAUGUCGACGCGCACAGCAGCAACGCCGACGCCGUCGACGCCCAAGAUCAAAGCUGCCGUCUCUGCCGAUGUGGCCGCUCGCAUCCGGUCGCCUCGCAAGCAUGCUUCGACCACGACGUUGAGAGCGGCAGCUACUCCAUCCACGCCUCUGACCGGUGCGAGUAUCCGAGCAGCUCAUCCACUGCAGCAGUCCAGCAAGGACGUCGAACGGGCCGCGGACUAUACCCAGUCGUCCUCCACCUGGCAGCAUCAAGAAAGCAGGGAGGAAGGGGAGCAACCGGGCGACAGCUCGUUUGUCUACGAUGGUGUCGACGAACACCCUCCGCCUUCAGAAGAAGUGUCUGGCAACGAGACAGUCCAAGUGCACGUUCGACUACGACCUCCCAAACGGGGCGAAGAAUGCGCCUGGUCCGCCAAUCCUUACUUCGGCACCGUCGCAUUGGAGUCGUCCAUCGCCGCAGGUCGAACGCAGAGUGCCAACCUCGGCCCGUUCGCCUUCGACGGCAUCCUCACCGGUUCCGCCAAUCGACCGGUGUACAUUUCCGUCGCGCGCCCCCUCGUUCGCGCCGCACUCGACGGCUACGACGCCGUCGUCUUUGCCUACGGCCAAACCGCCUCAGGUAAAACCUUCACGCUGUCGGGAGACGAACAGGGUCAGGAGGCGGGGAUCAUCCCGCGCGCUGUCCGGGACAUCUUUCGCGGCAUCUCCCAGUCUUCUGCGCGCCGAGAGUAUCUGUUGCGCGCAAGCUAUUUGGAGAUCUGGAAUGAGGUAGUCAAGGAUCUACUUGAGCCGAGCAACGUACCCCAGGUGCGGGAUGAUAAGCGCCGACGUGGGGGAAAGGGAACGACGGUGCAGCCGUUGAGGGAGGAGAUUGUCACGAGUCCAGCUCAGGUGCGGGAGUUGUUGGCGAGAGGACAGACGAAUCGUCAUGUAGGCGCGACGGAUUGGAACGAGCGCAGCAGUCGUUCGCAUACGUGUUUCAAGAUCACCAUCGAGUCGUGGGAGCGCGAUGCCACGCCCACCGAAGCCGGGAGGGCUGGGAAGAAGGUGACGGUGUCGGAGCUGUGUCUGAUCGACCUGGCGGGUAGCGAGCGGUACGUGUCGCAAGGAUCGGAUCGUCGAGCCGAAGGUGCGCAUAUCAACAAAUCGCUCUUGACGCUGGGGAAAGUCAUCUAUGCGUUGUCGGAAAAGACGGCUAGCGCAGGUGCGGUCCACAUUCCGUAUCGCGAUUCGAAGCUGACGAGGAUCUUGCAGAACUCGUUGUCGGGCAACGCCCGCGUCGCCGUGGUGUGCACCAUCAACCCCAACCCCGCCGCGGUGGACGAGAGCCUUUCGACGCUCAACUUUGCCAAGCGCAUCAAGAAGGUGGGGCUCAACGCGAGGCGCAACGAGGUGGAUGGUUUAUCAGGCGGAAUCGGGGCCGAGGCGCAGGCGUUGAUCCUUCGCUACCAGACGGAGGCGGAUGCGUUACGGAAAAUGGUGGAGGAUCUCCAACGAACCAGCCAGAGCCAAGUGGUCGAGGUGGAGGACGAACGGAUCCGCGAGUUGCAAGAACGGCUGGAUGUGAUCGGAUCGUUGGUCGUCCGCGGUGGUCGAUCCGACGCAGACUAUGGUUCGGACGACGAAGUCCCACGUCACGCCUCGCGCACGCCUAGCAGCAGCAGUUGUGCGGGUACAACCAUCGAAUCGACACCCACCACCUCGCGAUCCACCUCUCACUCCUCCGCCUACGCCCGCCCCGUCUCCCCGACCAAGCGGCACAACUUCGGCUUUGACGAUCCACCGCACCUUCUUGCCGAAAAACUCUUUCUCGCGAAUCGCAAGAUCGACACCUUAACCCGAAAACUCGCCGCCCGCCCCGAAGUGCCAGCGACCUCCUCGGCGCAAGCGUCGCUCAUCUCGUCGCUCCAGCAGCAAAUCCGCGAACUCGAAGCGGUGUGCGAGGCGCAAGCCACCGAUGCACCCCCGAAAAUUCGCGAAGACGUCGAGCGCGAAUUCUCGCUCCGAUUGCACGAGUUGCAGCAGAAGGUGAUGGAGAAGGAUGCGUUCAUCCAAGAGCUCCAGGAAGAGGGGGUACGGUUGAGGAAGGUGAAUGAGAAACUGAUGGAGUUGGCGCAUGCGCAGACGAGGGAUAUGGUGGAGAAUCUCUCUCCCUCUCGACGUCCGACUUCGCCGCUCAAGCCGACAGACGCGGGGAAUAGCCCCAGACGCAGGUUGAUAGGGGAGAAGAGGACAAGGCCCAUGAGCCUGUUCAACCCCACACCCGCCGCAUUUGACUUUGCAGCGUUGAGGACCACCCUGGAAGCAGUGGAACCGGUCGGCGAGCCGAAGAAGCUCACCUCCGGGACAGGAGCAAAGAGGAGGAGCAUCAGCAACGAUUAUACGCUCUUGGUGGGCGGCACGCAGGAGAUCGAGCAGGAGAUCCAACAGAAGUCGGCGGCCAUCCCGGCCAGCGAGACGUUUGCCGUGCUGCCUGCGUUUACGCGAUAG